AAAGCAAAACCAAGCAAUGCAUAGUCCCUUCAUCAUCUUCACUCUCUCCUUUUCUCUCUCUCAUCUCAUCACAAUAUAAAAAGAAAAGUUCAUUGAAUGCCUCACCCACUCUCAUUUUCCUCUAUAUAAACCUUUCUUUCUCCCCAUUCAUUUUCAUUUCUCAAAUCCUUUCUCUGUUUUUUUCUCUAUUUCUUUAAGCCAUGUCCAAGGCCAUCAAUCUUGAAGAUAUUAAAAAUGAAGCUGUUGAUCUGGAAAACAUUCCGAUUGAGGAAGUGUUUGAGCAGCUGAAAUGUUCUCGAGAAGGUUUAACAUCUCAGGAAGGAGCGGACAGGCUCCAAAUUUUUGGUCCCAACAAGUUAGAAGAGAAGAAGGAAAGCAAACUUCUCAAGUUUCUUGGGUUUAUGUGGAAUCCUCUGUCAUGGGUCAUGGAAGCUGCAGCAAUCAUGGCCAUAGCACUUGCUAAUGGAGAUGGGAAGCCACCAGAUUGGCAAGAUUUUGUUGGUAUCGUUUGUCUGUUGGUUAUCAACUCUACUAUCUCCUUCAUAGAGGAGAACAAUGCUGGAAAUGCUGCUGCUGCUCUUAUGGCUAAUCUCGCUCCAAAGUGUAAGCUGCUUAGGGAUGGACGAUGGGGCGAGCAGGAUGCUUCAUUAUUGGUACCUGGAGAUAUUAUCAGCAUAAAACUUGGUGACAUUGUCCCUGCUGAUGCACGUCUUCUUGAAGGUGAUCCCUUGAAGGUUGAUCAAUCUGCCCUUACCGGAGAAUCACUUCCUGUUACAAAGAAUCCCGGGGAUGAAGUUUUCUCUGGUUCAACAUGCAAACAAGGUGAGCUUCAAGCUGUUGUGAUUGCCACCGGUGUCCACACCUUCUUUGGUAAGGCGGCCCACCUUGUCGACAGUACCAACCAAGUUGGUCAUUUCCAGAAGGUUCUUACCGCCAUUGGUAACUUCUGUAUCAUCUCCAUUGCGGUGGGUAUGCUAGUUGAAAUCAUCGUGAUGUACCCAAUUCAGCAUCGUAGAUAUAGACAUGGAAUCAACAAUCUGUUGGUUCUCUUGAUUGGAGGCAUUCCAAUUGCCAUGCCUACAGUGUUGUCUGUGACUAUGGCCAUUGGGUCCCAUAGGUUGUCUCAACAAGGAGCCAUCACAAAGAGGAUGACUGCCAUUGAGGAAAUGGCCGGUAUGGAUGUCCUUUGCAGUGACAAGACCGGUACCUUGACUCUCAACAAACUGAGUGUUGACAAGAACUUGAUUGAGGUAUUUUGCAAAGGUGUGGACAAGGAACAUGUCCUUCUCCUUGCUGCAAGGGCCUCACGUGUUGAGAACCAAGAUGCUAUAGAUGCUGCAAUGGUUGGAAUGCUUGCUGAUCCCAAGGAGGCUCGUGCCGGAAUUCGGGAGGUACACUUUUUCCCAUUCAACCCAGUGGACAAAAGGACCGCAUUGACUUACAUUGAUUCCAAUGGCAACUGGCAUAGAGCAAGUAAAGGUGCUCCUGAGCAAAUGCUUGACUUGUGCAAUUGCAAGGAAGAUGUAAGGAAAAGGGUUCAUGCUGUGAUCGAGAAGUUUGCUGAACGCGGUCUCCGUUCAUUGGGUGUUGCACGACAGGAAGUGCCUGAAAAGAGCAAAGAUUCUCCUGGUGGACCUUGGCAAUUUGUUGGUCUGUUGCCGCUUUUUGACCCACCAAGACAUGACAGUGCUGAAACCAUCCGCAAGGCACUCAAUCUUGGUGUCAAUGUUAAGAUGAUUACCGGUGAUCAACUUGCCAUUGCAAAGGAAACUGGUAGAAGACUUGGUAUGGGAACAAACAUGUACCCAUCUGCCGCUCUGCUUGGCCAAGACAAAGACUCAUCCCUAGGUGCCCUACCAGUUGAUGAGUUAAUCGAGAAAGCUGACGGUUUUGCCGGAGUUUUCCCAGAACAUAAAUAUGAAAUUGUCAAGAAGUUGCAAGAGAAGAAGCACAUUGUUGGUAUGACUGGAGAUGGUGUCAAUGAUGCUCCUGCGCUGAAGAAGGCAGACAUCGGUAUUGCAGUCGAUGACGCAACUGAUGCUGCAAGAAGCGCUUCUGAUAUUGUUCUCACCGAACCUGGUCUUAGUGUCAUCAUCAGUGCUGUGCUUACCAGUAGGGCUAUCUUUCAAAGGAUGAAGAACUACACCAUUUAUGCAGUCUCCAUUACAAUCCGUAUUGUGCUCGGGUUUAUGCUCAUCGCUUUGAUAUGGAGAUUUGAUUUCUCUCCAUUCAUGGUUCUGAUUAUUGCCAUCUUGAAUGAUGGAACCAUCAUGACUAUCUCUAAGGAUAGAGUGAAGCCAUCUCCGAUCCCCGACAGUUGGAAGCUCAAGGAAAUCUUUGCAACUGGAGUUGUUAUUGGAAGCUACCUUGCCUUGAUGACGGUCAUUUUCUUCUGGGCAAUGAAAGACACUGACUUCUUUUCUGAUAAAUUUGGAGUAAGAUCCUUGAGAGACAGUCGCUAUGAAAUGAUGGCGGCUCUAUAUCUCCAAGUUAGUAUUAUUAGUCAGGCCCUCAUUUUCGUCACCAGGUCUCGCAGCUGGUCUUUCGUUGAACGUCCUGGCAUGUUGUUGAUGACUGCUUUCUUGAUCGCUCAGCUGGUGGCAACUCUAAUUGCUGUAUAUGCUGACUGGAGUUUUGCCGAGAUCAAAGGAUGUGGAUGGGGAUGGGCUGGUGUUGUUUGGCUCUUCAACAUUGUUUUCUACUUCCCACUUGACUUGAUCAAGUUUGCCAUCCGUUAUAUCUUGAGUGGAAAGGCAUGGCUCAACUUGUUUGAGAGCAAGACUGCAUUCACCACCAAGAAAGAUUACGGAAAAGAAGAAAGAGAAGCUCAAUGGGCUCUUGCUCAAAGAACUCUACACGGACUUCAAGCACCCGAGUCUUCAGCUCCUCUUUUCAACGACAAGAACAGCUACAGGGAACUCUCCGAGAUUGCUGAGCAAGCCAAAAGACGUGCUGAAGUUGCAAGGCUUCGUGAGUUGCACACACUCAAAGGACACGUUGAGUCAGUGGUGAAGCUCAAGGGUCUCGACAUUGACACAAUCCAACAAAACUACACCGUCUGAUAAACGAGACAAAUUGACUUGUGAAUGAGCAACAAAGAGAUGAAAAGCCCUCCUCGAACGUGUGUUUUGUAGCUAAAGACGAAGAUGUUUACUAAUUGAGUGAUAAAUGAAGGGCAGGGCCUAAACUAAAGUGAAAGAAGGGCACUUAGUACAUGUAUUGCAGAAUUUUGUGCUAGAAUAUUAUGGAGAACAUUUAAUUUUUUUUACGCCAUAAAAGUGUCUCCUAAACAGCCCAAAAUUUUUUCCUGCACAAUGCAUGAAAGUGCUGAGACAAAGCCCUUCUUGUUAGAAUAUUGUGGAUAGGAUUGUGUCUUUUUAAUUUUCCUCACCUUCUUUUGUAGCUGGAAAGCUACUGUGGUUCUUACAUAAAUUCCAAUGAUAAAGAAAUUAUCUUCCUUC